AUCAUUUUGCAUUCUGCACGGUGAAUGCCGGACCUCAAUAGGCGUUUUCCUGCAUCGAGGUAUCUGCAGCUGCAUGCAUCCCGGCCAGCUUGCUUGUGCCCGCACCCGUAUCCCCGCGUACCGUACCCGCGACCCGAAAUCGAACCAACGACCCGUAGACUUCCCUGGCGCUGGUUUUGGACCCGUUCGCAGGCUCAGCUUAUCAAAAUUAGGGAGACCAACACAUGAAAUCUUUCCACCUACGAAGGAGCUGAGCACAGAUACAUUUGCCAGGAAUUAUAACAGAAAAUUGCGAAGAUGGCAGACUUAAAGAACGAUUACAACAAAUAUGCAGACAUUGAUGAAGAUGAGAUUCUUAAGAAUCUCACAGAAGAACAGCUGGAGGAGCUUGCAUAUGAAUUAGACCCAGAUAAUAAUAUGCUACCAGCAUCAGAGCGUAUGCGACCUCAAACUAAGAAAGCUCCCACUGGAGAAUUUAGUAGACAAAAACUUCUUGAUUUUCUGGAAAAGAAAGCAAAGGAAGAAAAGGAUUGGGAAGAGAAAGUACCCUACAAUCCAGGCCAGAAAAGAGGUAAAGUGUAUCAGAAGAAGGAGGAUAAAAAGAAAGAUGAUGAAAAGACCAAUGGGAACAAAAAACAAGAAGAAUGGGAGGAUGAAUUAGAGGGUGCUACAGAAGAAGACCUUGUAGAAUUAGCAGGUAUUCUGGGGUUACACAGUAUGCUUGAUCAAGAACAAUAUGCAGCAUCUCAACGAAGUGUAUUAGGCGAUGAAAAAAUUGUAGGACUUGAUGGGGAGAGAAUGAAAUUUUCAGCUGUCACAAAAGCUAGCCUUCCCAAAGAUUUUGCAAUGGAACCCCCUAAUACAACAGAUGUUGAAGGCUCAAUCAAGAAGCUGAAGGCAAAUGAUAAAGAACUCAAAAAUCUUAAUCUCAAUAACAUCAAGGAAAUCAAACUGGAUGUUAUCAAGGAAAUAUUUGCUGCAGCAGGAGACAACACAGUACUUGAAUCCCUCAGCAUGGCUAGCACUGGUUUAGCAGAUAAAGCAGCAGCAAUGGCUGCUGAGGUAAUCAAGAAGAAUUCGACAUUGAAGUCAAUGAACUUGGAAUCAAAUUUCAUCACCAGUGAAGGCAUGAGUAUACUCUGCAAAGCUCUGGCUAACAACACAUCAUUGACUGAAUUCAGAGUAGCAAAUCAGAGAUCAAUGAUAGGCAGUAAAGGAGAACAGGAAUAUGCCAUCAUGUUGGAGAAGAAAAACAAGACUCUUCUAAAACUUGGUUUGGCCUUUGAGCAUGCAGGACCUAGGUCAAUGGCACAAGAUGCUCUCAUGAGAAACAAUGAAGCAGUGCGUACACAGAAAUCAGGGAAGAAGUGAAACUGGUUAUAACAUGUGUUAACAUGUCACAAUCUCAAAGUGACUUCCUCUGCUAUAAAUGUAGACUUCAUCUCAUAGAACUCUUACUCAAAACUCAGUUCCUUUCACUUGUGUUUGUGUGUUGGGUGGAGGGAUUUUCUCCUGCUGGACAACAUCUUCUGGAUAUUUGCAGUUAGUCUGUUAUGAAACCAAUGGAGAUCAAUGGAAACCUGUAAAUACACUCUUUAAGGUGCCCAUGUAUAUGAAAUAUUCUUGAAGUGAUGAUUCUGAAUCUCUUUUUUUUCUAGCUUCAGCAAAAUAAAAAAGAUAAGUUUGAUUAUAUCUAAUACUUCCCUUGUAUUUUUUGCUAUCAGUUUGAAAUUUACCAGUAGACGUCAUGUUCAAGUAUUUUGGUCAAAUCCAGAGUUAGGUUUGCUGUAUCUUUUUAUUUCGGAAUUAAAAUUGCAUUUUUUUUUUGAUAAAUAUGUUUGUUGAUUUGAUUGUUAUUUUGUUUGUAUUCAUAAGAAUUUAAUAGUUGAUGAAAUUAGCCAUUUUGUUUUUAAAUGUAAUGGUAAAAUUGUGUUUCCAUCAUUUCAUUGUCCAAUGAAAUCUAAUUGUAGAUAGAGUACACACAAACACACCCUUACAGUUCCUAUCACAGGCAGCCUAUCAAUAAACAUCUGUGAAAUAUGUUUUAUAUGUUGAAAGGGAACACUUGCAAACAAGAAUAUUCCCAUAUAUCUUGACCAAGAAUCACUUCAUGUAAAACUUUAUUAGGUACUUGUAGAUUAAAAAAUGUUUCAUUUUGGGGACACUUUUUCCCUAUCAAAGUGGAAUCUUUCCCAGGGAAGGUUACAAAUUCAAGGUGCACUAAUGAGGAAAGGACAUGGCAGGUGUUUUUUUAUAUUCCAAUCAAGCAUCUUAAAUGGAUUUUUUUUGUAGUUAUGAGGCAAGCCCAGGGAAUAGACCAAGUGUACAUGCAGUACUAAUUUGUACAAUAUUAGAAUCAGAAGUGAUACAGACAGCAACAUUGUGACAAUAUUUUUAGAAGCAGAAAUAUUAAUAUGUAACAAAUAAUCUUUGAAGGUCAUUUUGAGCUUGUUCAUGGCCUGAUCCUUGACUGAGAGUAUAUUUGUUACUGCUGUAUACAUGGACAUGCAUGCACACUUUGUUGUGCCUGUAACAAAAGGUUUAGUGCUUGAUCUUACCAUUGAUUUAUAUGUUUGAUUGCACAUAAUGAUCAAUGCAAUCAGGCAUAAAACUCAGCCCUAAGAUCAAUCGCUAAGCUUUGUGUAACCUACUACUGGUUUGUUUCCCACAGGCUUGCUGUUUUGAUAAAAGUGCAAUUAAUGUAAGAUGCUAUGUUAUUCUGAAGUGUUAAGAGAGUUGCUUCUGCACCAUUUUGUACAUCCUUAUCCUGGAAUUAAUUUAUUGAGUACCAAUACGUAAAUCAGGUCUUGAUAAUCGCCUGUUUUUUAUUUGUCGUAAUUUUAAAAUCAUUGGGCCCCUUGUGUAUAGGACAAGUAAUGGAUGUGAUUUGAAAAUAAUGUAAUAGUGUAGGUCAAUAUUUUUUUAGUUACUGAAAUAUUACUUUUAAAGUAGCAGUGGUUCUUUACUAUCACUUUAAGUUAAUAUCUUAAUGUAGUGAGAUCAGAUUUGUAUGGUGCUGCCAUGCUAGUAUGAUUAUAUGAAGAACGUAUUAGAGCAUUUUAUACAAAUUUGCCCAUGAUCAAAUUAUUUGAUCAGAUUUUAUAACAUGCAAAAUGAAAUAAAGGAGGUGAUUUUGCUUUUUAUUUUUAUCCUUGCCGUGCCAACCCAAUUUUCAAUUAUGUGAUAUCCAAGUAUAAUCAUACAUGUAUUUAUCAGAUCUAUUAAUCUUUAUCCCACCUAGGUAUCUUGUGGGAAUCUAUCUCUACUUAAAAAGAUUAGAGAAAACAGAAAUGCAUACUAUUGCUUUGUGUCAAUAUACCCAUUUGAGAAACUUUGUACUACUUAUAAAAGCCAUGAUAUAUUGGACAUCGUGAUAAGUAAAAACAGUAUAGAUGAAAAAGGGAAAGUUACUUCAACUUGCAAACUGUAUUCAUUAUAUUCAUUAAAUGGUGAUUAUUUAACACUAGAUGAUAUUCAAUUGAGAGGCUUUAAGAACUAGGUAUAUAGAUUUUGUAGAGUGAUUUAUUGUAUUUUUAAUCAGCAUUUUAGGUAGAGAUGAGUGGCGUAGCACUAUAAAUAUUAGCAUUUCCCAUAAGUCCGUAUUUUGCUUACUAUCAUGCAAAAUUACAUGAAAAUCAUUUCAAACAGAUUUUUAUUUUUUAUUUAGUUCAAAGUAUAGUAAAAGGUAUUGUAAAUAAACAAUGGUCAUUCAUCAAUAUUGCAAGAGUUGUAUUUGUUUAAAAAGAUGGAUUUUAGAGCACGCCUUUGCCUCCUUGGUGAUUAUAUACCAGCAUUGUACAAGUUCCAUCGACAGUUUACCCAUAGCCUAUGUCACUGUACAAAAUAAAUAAGAAUUGGAUAAUUCUGUAGUCGCAAUCAAUUUCAAAGGCAACACCCCUAUUAGAGCAAUUGCUUUGAUAAUAUCUAGAAAUAACGCCAUGAAUGUGCUUCAUUAAAUAAUUGAGAUGACCAUAUUUAGAAGUUCAUUGGAGUCUGGAGUAUGAGAGUGCUUACUUAGACAAUUAACAUGAGCUUUCAUUACAUCCUUCUUAUCAUGGGUUUUAUGCAAAUAACGUUGAAGGUGUGCUCUUUUGCCGAAUAACUUUCAUUUUGAAAUGAUUCAUCUUUUAAAGCAUCUGCCAACUGCCAAUCUGUUUAGAUGAAUUGUGUAGGAAUGCUACCUUAUCAACUGGCUGUUGGUCUUAUUUUCUACUACGUUUGUUAUUUGUGAUAGAUGUGAUAACAGAAAAAGCUUGUGCUAUUAGAGAGUGCACCAAUGGAAUAUCCAAGUACAUGCUGUUUUCUUUAUAAAGUAUGUAAGACUGGUACAGAUUUAUAUCAAAAUAUUAAUUUCUAUUGUGUGAAGUAAUACCCCUUUUCUGUUAAUACAGGAAUCCACAGAAUCAUUCAAAUAUCAGACUCUUCUUGGAUUGAAUAAUAGCAAAGAUAAGACGUCAUCGUUGUGGAUUGAAUAUUAUUGGCUGAUGCUAAAAUGGGUAAACUAAGCCAGAAAUGAACAUGAUUACAGUAUCUUGCAAAACCAUGUCAUUGAUUAAUUAACCAUGUUAAUGUGCCAUUAAAUGUUUUAUGUUUUGUAUAUUCCAUGUAAAUUGUUUGUACAAAGUCAGAUUAUUUCAUUUAUGAUUAGCCAUUUAGCUAUCAGAUUAUUCUCAUUUGAACUCUUUAUGAAUUGCAUGAUUUUUAAAGCUCUGCCUUCUGCCCUAGGUUGCCAAUAGAAAUUUUCAAAAGAGAAAGGAAGCUUGCAAUUAAUUGACCAAUAUAAUCUGGUCUGAUGCCUUAGUAGGUUUUAUGAUACAUUUGCAAGUGACUUCAAAUCCUCUGUGUGCAUGUACUACUUAUUUUAUAUUUAGCAGAAUGUAGUUUUAUUUUAUUGUAGUAAGAUCAGUACUAUGUGUGGUAUAUUCAGGUUUUUAUGAUUAGGUACAUUCUCUCCUUGCAUGAACAUUUUAUUUAGGUGCAAUUCGAUAGAAGUAUCUUUUGGGAGGUGGUUUGGUAGAAUGUCGUAACAUGGAAUAUGUGAAAAGUGAUAAAUAUAUUAUUUUGCUCCGAGUCAUCUUGUGCUUGCUUAGAGUAACAUGUAAUUUCUAAGCUUGUGGGUAUAUUGGAAUAGCUGUUCACAUGACCAGGAAAAGAGAGCAUUCUUGUUCAUUCAGGUAUCCUUGAAUAACCCUCACCUUAAUGCAACUUCACAUUGAUAUCAAAGUGCUGGCACAUGAUGCUUUAAUUCAGAUUCAAGCUCAUAGAUCGCCUAAAUUGUUUCAUUCUAUUAUAUCAUUGAGGCAUCAAUAAAUAAUUGCUUUAUUAAUAACCAAAUGAUUUUUUUUAAUAAAUACUUGGUACACAACAAAUACUGUCAAGUACAUGUAUGUUAUUUGUUGAACCACAGUCUACUAGCAAAAAGAAGAAUAGGGCAAAAACAAAAAUGUUCAUCUACAUAAUACUUAGUCAAUAUUUAUGAUUUGAUGAUGAUGAUAAACAGCAUUUGUAUAGCACCAAAACACAUUCAAAGACACCAGCUCCCCAAUAUGUCACACAUUGUUCUCCCAGUUUGUAGUGCUAGAUAUGGUUGUUAAGGAACCUUACUCAAGAGUGAGGGAACACCUUUCAUACUUAUUUCUUACAUAAAAGAUUCUCUAGAAGGGAGCUUCUGUGCUUUGUAAUGCGUGUGUGGUAAUAUUAUCAUAUAUGUUAAUAUGAUCAUGUUGUCAAUGAUUUACAUGAAUAUUUGAAUCAAUCUGUAAGUAUGUGUAUUGUUUACUGGUGAUGGAAUGUUUUUUCCUGGCAUGAUAUUUGAAGAAUGCCGGUAUACUUAAGGGAAGACUCGAGCAUUUGCAGAAAUGGCAUGUUUUUAAUACUUUCAGGAAUCAUUUUUCAAACAUCUGCUGUAUUCGUAUAUCAUCAAUCAGCAUAUUUUCAACUUCUACAUACACGUACAUGUACAUAUGAGACUUUGGUCAGAUUCGUUUACGUAAAGGGGAUUAAAGCUGGCACUUAUUAGUCAAAGCCAUCUAAGUAUUUCUUGUCUGUACAUCCUAUGUACGUGAACACGUCUUUAUGAAUGUCCCAGACUACUAGCUCUGACCUCUAUUCAUCUAUGUGCAAAUAUGUAAAAGACAUAGUUGGCUUUGCCGUUAUCAGCUAUAACCCACUUUAAUCGUGAAAGUCUGUUGAUAGUUGCAACACAGAUGUUGGGGAGUACUGAGGCAAUGGCGUAAAAAUAUAUAUUGUGGGGCAUUUUAGCACUUUUGAUACAAUGUCUUGGUAGAGUUCGAUGAAAACACAUCCAACAGCCCAGAUUUAGUGGGAGUCUGUGUAUGAGGGCCCUUUAGAUGUGGCUACAUGAAUACCCAAUAUGCUUUAUUGAAAUUGGUAUAUAAAAGUGGUUGGGUUUCAACUAGCUAUGAACCAGGUCAAUUUGCACUGAUUUCAUUGGGGCUGAUUCGGUAUUCAUUUGGUCAUACCUUGGCCCCCAGAACCAAUUUGAAUGGUCAUGUUUGGUGUGCAGAAGUUUUUAAUCAUAUGAUAUUGAAAUAUGGUCAUGUAAAUGCUGACCUGCAAAACAAAUAAUAAUAAUGAAUGACACCACACUGUAGUACUUCUGGGUUUUACUAUGUGUCUAACUAAUGAGGCAGCCAUUAUUCUAUUAUCUGUUAUGUAUUUGUUAAUUAUAUUUCACAAAAAUGUGCCCAUUUUCUGAAAAUGCUUGACUCUAUCUUGAACUACCAGUACCUGUACAUAAUAUACCCUUUCUAUAUGAGCAUUUGAUCGGUUUGUUUGAAGAUCAUAAGACAAGUAGUAAAAAUCUAAUUUAUUUCAUUCUAAGAAGGUGCACAAACUAUGUUAUGCUGCCAGGUAAUAGAAUCUAUUCUUCACAUAAUUACUGCAUUGUAUUCCCUAAUUUCCUGUUAAAGAGUAAUGUAAAAAUAUUAGAGGUUAUCAAUAUGAACUGGUGUAACCACAGAGUUGGCAGUUGUAGAAUAUUACUUAAAAUCAAUUUGAAAUCGGUGUGAAAUAAAAACUUGAGUGAGAAUGUUGUAUGAUCUUUAUUACUUCCAGUGAUUUUCAAUGUGCAUCGGAUUCAUUCAUGUUUAUAUAUGUAAUGAACUUUGAUUAAAUUACUGUAUUAAAUGUAGAU